AUGAAUCCUCUCAUAGCCGUCGUCGGCGCAACGGGAACGGGCAAGUCCAAGCUCGCUGUGGACUUGGCCUCCCGAUUCAACGGUGAAAUCAUCAAUGGCGAUGCGAUGCAGAUGUACCGCGGCCUGCCCAUCAUCACGAACCAGAUCCCCGUCGAAGAGCGAAACGGCAUCCCCCACCACUUGCUGAGCUGUGUCGACCUAGAAGCGGAGGCCUGGCGCAUUGGCCGAUUCAAGAAGGAAGCUCUCCGGCUCAUCGACGAUAUUCGAUCUCGUGGGAAACUGCCCAUUCUGGUCGGAGGCACACAUUACUAUACGCAGGCCGUCUUGUUCAAGGACCAACUGGUUGGGGAAGGCUCAGAUGACGAAGACGGACCGGAGCCCUUUCAAGAGCUACCGUCGACCUCGGACAAAUGGCCAAUCCUCGAGUCGUCUCCUGAAGUCUUAAUGGAGAAACUUCGCGAGGUAGAUCCGGUCAUGGCUGAGCGAUGGCACCCGAAGGAUGCACGGAAGAUUCGGCGCUCAUUAGAAAUCUACUUCCAAACAGGGAGACGAGCAUCGGAAAUAUACGCGGAACAGAAGCUUCUGAAGAACGAGGCAGUAAUGAAAGAUGAAGGGCUACUGCGGUUCGAGAAUACACUGAUCUUUUGGGUUCACGCGGAAAAGGAGAUUCUCAAUGCGCGUCUGGACGCGCGUGUCGACGGCAUGAUCGAGCAAGGCUUGAUGGCCGAGGCUGAGACUAUGUCAGAUUAUCUCCAGACAAAACAAUCGCAGGGCAUAGAAGUCGACCAAACGCGUGGUGUUUGGGUGUCUAUCGGCUUCAAGGAGCUGGCGCCGUACUUUGCGGCUGUCCAGGAAGCAAAACUGAACGAGGAGGAGCUCGAGAAUCUCAAAAAGCGCUGUAUCGAUUCCAUCAGAACAGCUACACGCCAAUAUGGAUCUUCUCAAGUGAAAUGGAUUCGGAACAAGUUAUGGCGAGCUCUCUCAGAUGCCGAUAUGACGCGCCGCCUCUACCUUUUGGAUAGCAGCAGUGUCAAGGGCUGGGAUGAGUGCAUUGCGAAACCAUCCGAGGAUAUCGUACAGUCAAUGUUUGAAGAUAGACCGACGCCUGAUCCCAAAUCACUCUCGAAGCUAGCGAAUACCGUUCUCGGCGCUAAAGAGGAGCAAGGGCGUUCACAGCCGAAUUCCGAUAUGCAGUGCUUUACCUGCGACAUGUGCAACAAGACGAUGGCCGGCGAAGAACAGUGGAACAUCCAUCUGAAAGGUUACGGCCAUAAACGAGCAGCCAAAUCUGCAGCAAGGAAGGCUGAACGAGACGCUUAUUUCCGAAAACGGGAAUUAGAAGCUCAAAAGGCUUCGGAUUCCGGGACUGAUCCCUGA